AUGAGCGCGGUCCGGUCAAACGUGGUAGGAGUUGACGGAAGUUUUGUUCAAGUUGUUGCCGAUACUAUCAAUGCCAAAGACUUUCACAGCCAGAAUGCAGUAAAAGUGGCGAUAACGGUAAAUGAAGCCAUCAGAGAGAUUUUAACAAUAGCUGGACGUUUCCAAAGACUGGGCCGGCGGAGACAAUUAACACCGGAGGACUUGGAUUGCGCUAUCAGGUUAAAGGGGAUUACGGUAAGCAAGGUUCUUUUUUUAUUAAAGGGUUUUAGUGCGAUCAAAAAAUACCUACCACAUUGGAAGUUUUAUGAUGUUCGUUAUGACUGUUUUACUGAUAAAUGCACUUUUUUAGCCGCCAUUUGGGUACGAAACAGGGAGCCAGCCCAGCUUCAAAUAUGCUGGGAAUCUUGUCAGAGACAUGUUUGUCAAAGAGGACCACGAGAUCGACUUACAGAGCUUUAUUCAAGCGCCUUUGCCUAGAUUACCUUUAGCCCCAUCGUUAAAAGGUAUGGUUAGUUUGAAAUAAUUUUUUAUUUUUAUUCAUUUAUUACUUAUAUCGUAUUUUUACAAUCUUACCUUUUCAGCCCACUGGCUAGUCAUUGACGGUGAACAACCAGCUAUUCCUGAGAACCCUCAACCUGAAAAACCAAAGCUGAUGCCAGUACAAAACCUUCCCUCAACUUCAAUGGACGAGAGUCCGUUGUUGCUAAAACAGCUGGGAAAGAAUGUGAGGAAGAUCACUCAAGUUCAGAUUAAGACAAUAUCUACACAUCCCAUCUCUCUGGAGCAACAAGUCUUCUUCAAAGAGGUAAUGGAAGCAGCGAUGGGGACUGAUGACAACAAACGGAACGAAGCCUUAAGUGUCAUUCAAACAGAUUGUGGAAUACAACUUCUACUGCCAAGGUUUUCUCUGGCUGUAGCUGAAGGUGUACGAUGUAAUGUAGCAUUAAGGAACCUGGCCUUCUUGAUCUAUCACAUGAGAGUGCUUCAGUCUCUGGCCAACAACAAAACCGUGAAUCUAGAAGGCGUUGUGAGUUGUUUUUUUGUAGUUUAUUUUGUUUUAGUUACAUGAGAUUCUGCCUGCCAUACUAACGUGCAUACUCAGUAAAACAUUGUGUCCUACAGAGAAGGAUAAUAACAACUGGGUUCUGAGAAACUUCAGUUCAAAGUUGUUGGCUACUAUUUAUAAGUAAGUUUAUUGUAUUUGGCUGCUGGCUUAUGACAACAUUUUAUUUUUUUAAAAGUGCUUUUGUUAUGUUGUACAUUUUUAUUUUGUUUUUGAAAAGCAAAACAAGUAUUGGUAUUUUUUGUAAUUAUGUGGCUUUUUAGACAAUACACAUCAACGAAUGUUCGUAUACGGAUCGUCAAGGUGUUGGCUGAUGCCGUACGAAAUUCGAAUAACUCAAUAACAACGAUUGCAGCGGCAGCGACGUCGAUUGCGGAGCUUGGUAAUGAAGUAAGUCUAAAACUUAAUUGAGGUAUACAGUGUUUUGCCCGGACCGGUCCGGAGCGUUUUUCACCGGUCCGGUCCAGCGAUUUUUUGGGUCCGGUCCAAACUUUAAAUUUUUGGGUCCGGUCCGGACCGGUCCAAACCCAAAAUUUUUGGGUCCGGUCCAGUCCGCAAAAAAAUUUUUUUUAAUUUUUAAAAAAAAGCAAGGAGCGCUAAAACUGCUUUCUUUUUUGCUUAAAAACUCCUAAAAAAUAUGUUUUAUUUGCUAUUUUUAAAACAGUUUUCUUAAAAUAAAAAAAAAAAUUUUUCCGGACCGGUCCGGAGCUUUUUCUUCGGUCCGGGUCCGCAGGUUUUUGGGUCCGGUCCGCAAAAAUUUCUGUUUUGGUCCGUCCGCACCGGACCCGUCCGCGGACCGGACCGGUCCGGCAAAACACUGGAGGUAUACAAAACAAUUUUAAACAGGAGAAAGUGGUCACUAUAAAAAAUAAGCAUUAAAUUUUGAUACAAAGGUAGCAAAUUUAGGUAAUGCAAGCGACGUUACUGCCAUUAAAAGACCAACUUCAACAAAUUGCUCAACGUAUUUUAAGGUCAGCAGGGAAAACAACUGAUAAUCAGGUAAACGACGAUCGCAGCGGUGCCGAGAAGUUGUUAGACGUGUUAAAGGUAUGUACUUCAAAAUUUUAGUUACUUUUUCAUAAAUUAGAGUUUAUAAAUGACAUUACAGUAAUAACAGUCAUUGUGAUUAACAUUUGAAUGCUGCAGAAGCUAAGUGUGAUCGACGGAUUCGAUGACUUAAAUACCUCAGUUCAGUUCGAACGGAACGACGUGAUACAUCGAAGACUACUGCCUCGUAUGGAUAACAAUAUGUGAAUCUCAUCUUACUUUUUGCCCAUACUUUGGAUAACUUAUUAACCUGUAACAAUGAAGACAUUUAUUUUUGUUAAAUUCAUAAAAGUUGUUUUCUAUUGUUUGGCCAAGUACUGAACAUUUUGAUUUUUUGGUAAACAUUUCAUAAUUAUACCAGUAUAAAAUAUUCUUGAAGGUACUACAGACAUAAAAUUAAUUACCUAGGUCAUUAAGUGCUAAAGGAUCUAGGGCUAGGAUAGUCAAACAACGAGUAAAGACAGUGAAAGUUAAAAAAAUAUUUUACUCCAUCUGAUGUUACUCUGACGUGCCAUUCGAGUGUCGAAACAACUUUCCGUUCAGUUUGGCUCAAGUUCAUUGUCUACCCGACUGGUUUAAUAUGUUUUCGUAUUGUUGUUGUUCACGGAGCAAUUAUGCAUGUUUAAAGAUUCAAGUGUCUUUAGUCUAAAUGAUCCGCUUGAACUCGACGGCGACCAGUUACUCGCGUUUACCGCAAACCUUUACUCCAACAUAAAUUAUUACUACAAUAUUGUAAUUGUAUUUACUGUAAGUAAUUGUGGCAUACAGAGUUGUCAUUGUUAGUAUUGUACUGUUGUUGUUUCGACAGUAGUCUAUUUUGUAUUAUUUUAUUAUAAUUAGCUUUAGUAGUGUUUACUAUAUCUGUAGUAUUACUGUAUUGCAAUAUCAGAGACUACGGUAUUACCGUUCCUUCUGGCCAAAUGAAAUGCGGAGACUAAUACUGAUGCUUCUGCUACGCUCUACGCUGACGAAUGGUGCCAGAAGCGAGUUUGACAUGGGGUAGGUUUACAAAUUGUAAACAUUAAAAUUUGUAAUAAAAUAUAUGACAUGUAUAAUAUUAAUACUUUAGUAUUGCUCGUGCCGCACCCAGCUGGAAUCCAGAAGCUCAAGAGCGAACCACCAAAGAAGUAAGGCCGGAUUCUUUACGUUUCACACCUCCAACUACACCUACUACCCCACCCUUACCCCCAAUCGACCCAGAUGAAGAGUUUCAAGGCGGUGGAAACCUGAUUAUCGACCGGACAGAUCCCGUCAAUCUACUUACUACAACUACAUACACAUCUGUUGUUCUACCUAAAGAUCCUUUAGAUACCAAUGAUGUCGAACCACCUGAUCCAAGUAAUGGUUUUUCAUAGUAAAAUCACAAAACAAUAAUAGAAUGAUGUAGGUAACAAACUAAGUUUCAGAUGACAACGAUGACUAUAGAAUACCGUCAGUGCUCGUAGUGAUCACAGACGAACCACCCAACCCUGGGCCAGAACCACUCCCCUUGGCUCUUUCUUAUACCCAAACAACAUCAAAGGUACCAUCUGCAAUACAUUGGACUCCACAUUCCCAUAUCGCUCCACCGCACAUACCCUCUCCACAACUCCAUACACCAUUACCACACCCUCCACCUCGUCAGCCUCCAAUCGAAUGGGUACCACCCCCAGUGCGACGACCCCCACCACCACCCCCUCCACCUUCACAUUCAUUUGCCCCACCAGAAGAAGCUCAGCCAAGACCUCCCGAACCUACAGUACACGUUCAUCGACCAGUAAUCACGAGAAUACGACCGCCUGAUGCUGUUCUAGUCAGAUAUACACCUAGACCAACAUAUCCACCUCGACCUUUGAAUCUUCUGGAGUUAAAUAAUGUUGAGGAUACUGUAGUUACACAACCACCCACCUUCAUUGUGGUUACUACAACUCCAACAACUACUACAGAAUUGACCACACAGGCUACGACAACUACAACUACGACUACUACAGUAGCUACAACUACACAGGCGGCUAGGAAGAAGAUGUCUGGUCAGUUCCCAACCAGACAGACAAAGCCUCCACCGCCACGGCCAAUGUAAGUGUGUCACAAGCUGUUGUUUAAUGAAGGCUUUUGAAUUUUAAAUAUUAUUGAUUUUUAGAAGGUUGAUAAAAGGUCCAAAGCCAUAUAAUGUUACCUAUUCUUUUGUCACUCAUAAUAUCCAUUUCAGUCCAUUCGAGCCCGUUCCUCCAGAAGCCCUCUUCUAUCACGGUGGCCCGCUUCUGAGUCGAUACCCGGAACGGAACGUUCGCUACGUUCCUGUCCAUUACCGUAUUCCUGUGUUUCGACCCCCUCCGCUAUACGGUCCAGUCUAUCAGUACUAUCAGCCAGUACAAUCGAGCUAUCGACAGCGAGGCCAGUCCAGACUGAGAAGACGGUUCAUUACCACACGACGUAACAUGUUCCACCAACCUGCCAACUAUCGACAACAGUCGAAUCCGAGGUCUUAUCAGAAGGGUGCUGUCAAAUAA